UCCAUGUGCCGGGUAGCGGGAGCGCCGCCGCGGAUCCUGCCGCCGCUGGCGCUGAUGCUGCUGGCGGCCCUGCAGCAGGCACCGAUAAAAGCAACCUGUGAAGAUUUGUCAUGCAAGACUGGAUUUCCUGAAGAUGUUCACAGUGCAGUAGUCUCAAGGAGUGUACAUGGAGGACAGCCUCUUCUCAAUGUGAGGUUUCGAAGCUGUGAUGGAAACAAAAAAAUACACUUUGGUAGCAGUGAGCCAGAAGAUUUCAGAGUAGGUGAGGAUGGUGUGGUCUAUGCAGAGCGAAGCUUCCAGCUUUCAGCGGAGCCCACGGAGUUUGUCGUGUCUGCUCAAGACAAGGAAACCCAGCAAGAAUGGCAAAUGAGGGUGAAGCUAACCCCUGAACCAGCCUUCACAGGGGCUUCAGAAAAGGACCAAAGGAAAAUUGAAGAAAUCAUAUUUCCAUGGCAACAAUACAAGCACAGCAGCCCUCUGAAGAGGCAGAAGAGAGACUGGGUUAUUCCUCCAAUCAACCUACCAGAAAAUUCCAAAGGACCUUUUCCUCAGGAAUUAGUUAGGAUUAGGUCUGAUCGUGAUAAAAGCCUUUCUCUGCGGUACAGCGUGACUGGCCCAGGAGCUGACCAGCCUCCAACAGGCAUCUUCAUCAUCAACCCCAUCUCAGGACAGCUGUCUGUCACAAAGCCUUUAGACCGGGAGCAGAUUGCUUCUUUUCAUCUGAGAGCACAUGCAGUGGAUGUAAAUGGAAACCAGGUGGAAAAUCCUAUUGACAUUGUUAUUAAUGUCAUUGACAUGAAUGACAAUAGACCUGAAUUCUUACACCAGGUUUGGAAUGGGACAGUCCCUGAAGGAUCAAAGCCAGGGACCUACGUGAUGACUGUUACUGCCAUCGAUGCUGAUGAUCCCAACGCCCAGAAUGGGAUGCUGAGAUACAGAAUCUUGUCCCAGGCCCCGAGCAGCCCCUCUCCAAACAUGUUUACAAUCAACAACGAAACUGGUGACAUUAUCACUGUUGCAGCUGGGCUUGACAGAGAGAAAGUACAACAAUAUACAUUAAUAAUUCAAGCUACGGACAUGGAAGGAAACCCAACAUAUGGUCUUUCAAACACAGCAACUGCUGUCAUCGCUGUGACAGAUGUCAAUGACAAUCCUCCAGAGUUCACUGCCAUGACUUUCUAUGGGGAAGUGCCGGAGAACAGGGUGGAUGUGAUCGUGGCGAACCUGACGGUGACAGAUAAGGACCAGCCGCACACGCCGGCCUGGAACGCCAUGUACCGCAUGACCGGGGGGGACCCCACCGGCCGCUUCACCAUCCUCACCGACCCCAACAGCAACGACGGGCUGGUCACUGUCGUAAAGCCUAUUGACUUCGAGACCAACAGGAUGUUUGUACUUACCGUAGCUGCAGAAAAUCAAGUGCCUUUGGCUAAGGGGAUUCAGCAUCCUCCUCAGUCAACAGCAACUGUGUCCAUUACAGUCAUUGAUGUGAAUGAGCCCCCAUAUUUUGUUCCAAACCCCAAGCUCGUGCGUCAGGAAGAAGGGCUGAUGGCUGGGAGCAUGUUGACAACUUUUACUGCUCAGGACCCGGAUCGUUACAUGCAGCAAACCUCCCUAAGGUACUCAAAACUUUCAGAUCCUGCAAAUUGGCUGAAAAUUGACCCUGUUAAUGGACAAAUAACUACUACAGCUGUUUUGGACAGAGAGUCAAUAUAUGUGCAAAACAAUAUGUAUAAUGCAACAUUUCUUGCUUCUGAUAAUGGAAUACCCCCAAUGAGUGGAACUGGCACACUUCAGAUAUACCUGCUGGACAUCAAUGAUAAUGCCCCCCAAGUGCAUCCAAAAGAAGCCACAACUUGUGAAACACUGCAGCCUAAUGCUAUUAACAUCACUGCUGUAGACCCUGACAUAGAUCCAAAUGCAGGCCCAUUUGCCUUUGAACUGCCUGACACACCUGCUAGUAUUAAGAGGAAUUGGACCAUUGUUCGAAUUAGUGGUGAUCAUGCCCAGCUCUCCUUAAGAAUCCGGUUCCUGGAGGCCGGUAUCUAUGAUGUGCCCAUAGUAAUUACAGAUUCUGGAAAUCCACAUGCAUCCAGCACUUCCUUGCUGAAGGUGAAAGUUUGCCAGUGUGACUUAAAUGGAGACUGCACGGAUGUUGACCGGAUUGUUGGUGCAGGGCUGGGAACUGGUGCCAUCAUUGCAAUUCUGCUUUGUAUCAUCAUCUUGCUCAUUUUAGUUUUAAUGUUUGUGGUAUGGAUGAAACGCCGUGAUAAAGAGCGCCAGGCAAAGCAGCUCUUGAUUGAUCCUGAAGAUGAUGUGAGGGACAACAUUCUGAAAUACGAUGAAGAAGGGGGUGGAGAAGAAGAUCAGGAUUAUGACUUGAGCCAGCUCCAGCAGCCUGACACUCUGGAACCAGAUGCCAUCAAACCUGUUGGAAUCAGACGUCUUGAUGAAAGGCCAAUCCAUGCAGAACCUCAGUAUCCAGUCAGAUCAGCUGCUCCUCAUCCUGGGGACAUUGGGGACUUCAUUAAUGAGGGACUUAAAGCAGCUGACAACGACCCUACAGCCCCACCAUAUGACUCCCUCUUAGUCUUUGACUACGAAGGAAGCGGCUCCACUGCUGGAUCCUUGAGCUCUCUUAACUCCUCAAGUAGUGGUGGUGAGCAAGACUAUGACUACCUAAAUGACUGGGGCCCACGUUUCAAGAAACUUGCUGACAUGUACGGUGGAGGUGAUGACUGAACUUCAAAGUGAACUUUGGUUUCGGACAAGUACAAACAUUUCAACUGAUAUUCCCCAAAAGCAUACAGAAGCUAGGCUUUAACUUUGUAGUCUACUAGCACAAGUGCUUGCUGAAGGCUUUGGCUUAGGCUGCAAACCAAUUUGGGCUCCGUGGAAUAUCAGUGAUCCAAUGCUGUUUGGAAAAAAAUAUUGAGCUCAGUUACACUUGAAUUUUACAGUACAGAAGCACUGGGAUUUUAUGUGCCUUUUUGUACCUUUUUCAGAUCGGAAUUAGUUUUAUGUUUAAGGCUUUAAUGGUACUGAUUUGUGAAAUGAUGCAUUAAAGAGACAAAAUAUGUUGGGGUGGGGAGGAGUAAGGUGAAACACAAUAUACUUCACAAUGCUUUUGUUACAUCGCAUUGCUUUUAUUAAAAUAAGGAGAUUAAAAAUAAACAAAAAAAUCCUCAUGGAACAAUUUUAUUAUCUGGGAGAGAGAACCAUGAGGUGGAACAAUGUACAUUACUUCUAGUUUUAGAUGUUAGGGGACUUUUUUCACUAAAAUUCUAAAAAUUAUGCAGCUGGUUGCAAAUAAAGGGAGUUUUCAUAUCACCAGUUUGUAGCAGAAUUGAUUUUUUUUUUCUUAUGCUAGAAUGUUAGACACAUUUUGGUCUUAAUCCAUGUACACGUUUUGGUUUUUGUUGGGUUUUUUUUUUUAAUUUCUAGUAUUUUUUUCCCACUUCACUGUAAAAAAUGGUAUGUGUACAUAAUGUUUUAUUGGCAUAGUCUGUGGAGAAGUGCAGAAACUUCAGAACAUGUGUAUGUAUUAUUUGGACUAUGGAUUCAGGUUUUUGCAUGUUUAUAUCUUUCGUUUAUGGAUAAAGUAUUUACAAAACA